CCUUCUUCAAAGGAUACAACAGUGGAGAAGCGCUGGACGCUGAACGAUUUUGACAUCGGAAAGCCACUAGGAAGAGGAAAGUUUGGUCAUGUCUAUCUGGCCAGAGAAAAGAGGAGUAAUCAUAUAGUGGCACUAAAAGUUCUUUUUAAGAGCCAGCUGAGACAAUCUCAAGUAGAGCAUCAGCUGCGACGUGAAGUAGAAAUACAGAGUCACCUCAGGCACCCAAAUAUACUACGUCUAUAUGGAUACUUCUAUGACCAGACUCGUGUUUAUUUGAUAAUAGAAUAUGCAGCAAAAGGUGAACUUUACAAAGAAUUGCAGAGGUGCAAAUGCUUCAGUGAAAGGCGUGCAGCUACUUACAUCUCAUCAUUAGCACGGGCAUUAAUCUAUCUUCAUGGGAAGCAUGUGAUUCACAGGGAUAUCAAACCAGAAAAUCUUCUGAUUGGAAUACAGGGCGAGUUAAAAAUUGCAGAUUUUGGUUGGUCUGUACACACUUUUAACCGUAGGCGGACCAUGUGCGGCACGCUGGAUUACCUCCCACCUGAAAUGGUGGAAAGCACAGAACAUGAUGCUAGUGUAGACAUAUGGAGCUUGGGUGUCUUGUGCUAUGAAUUCCUUUUCGGAGUUCCACCUUUUGAGGCAAAGGAACACUCAGAUACAUACAGAAGGAUAGUAAAAGUCGACCUUAAGUUUCCCCCAAAGCCAGUUAUUUCUCCUGCUGCAAAGGAUCUUAUCAGCCAGAUGCUUGUCAAAGAUUCCUCACAACGUCUUCCACUUCAUAAGCUGCUUGAGCAUCCAUGGAUAGUUCAAAAUGCAGAUCCCUCGGGCAUCUACAGAGGAUGAUUUCUUAAGGACAUUUAUCAUUGCUUGUACCAUAAUAGAUUAUCUUAUUGCCAUUAGUUAGCCAUGAAUGGAUGCCAGGUUGCGCAAUCGAACUACUGUAUAUCAUCUAUGGGCAAAUGCACUGCAUUUUGAAGUGUAUUGGGUGAAUUUUUGUUGGGGGGGUGGUGGGGUGAGAUGUUUUAUCUCGAUAGGCAGAUCACUUCUCUGCUUGUACUUUUUUUGGGGGGGGGUUAUAUUCUUAUUGUACCCUUUAGCACUUGUGACUCUGUAUUUUCUUUGUUUUGUUUUCUUGUUGGUUCAUGGAAAUGGAUAACAAGAGCAAGUAUGAUAAGGG